AUGGCGCUCCCGCGCCGCGCUCCGUUCGCCCUCGCGCUCCUCCUCCUCCUCCUCGCGCCGCGCGAGGGCGCGCGCGCGUCGGACCGCGGCCUGUGCUUCGUCCUCCCCGACGCCUCCUCCUCCUCCUCCUCCUCCUCCUCCUCGCGCGUCCGACCGCGACCGAACGCGCGCGUCGACGCGGACGCGCUCGCCGCGACGGCGACGCGAUGCGUGACGCACCCGCGCUUAGACCUCCAGGCUGCGCACGCGAGGCUGCGCGUCGUGGACGCGCGAGACGCGGACGCGACGCGCGUCGCGCUGCGUUGCGAGCGCGCGUUCACGUCGUUCCUGUGCGACCGCGCGCUCGCCCCGAGGUCCGCGAACGACGACGACGACGACGACGACGACGACGCGUUCCCCGCCUUCUCGUGCGAGGCCAUCGACCCCGCGGUCGCGGUCGCGGAGGAGGAGGAGGAGGAGGAGACGGCCGGGAGCGGCGCGAACGACGCCUCGAUGGAGACGUGCGUGUGGCCCGUGUGCGAGACCCUCUGCGUGGGCUCGCCGAGCGCGUCGCGCGCGAAGACGACGCGCGACGCCAAGUCGUUCGCGUCGACGUGCGCUCGGUGCGCGCGCGCGUGCGACGUGACGCGAACCGGCGCGACGAUCGGUAUCCUCACCGAGCCGACGACGCCGGGGGACAGGUACUGCGCGGCGUUGGCGAGGCAGAGAGCGCGGGGCGGGGCGAGGAGCGCCGCGCCGAGGAGGGAAGCGCGCUCCGGCGUCGCCCCCGACUUUGGCGGCGGCGACGACGGCGGCGAGGUGCGUUCUAUACACUGGUCUCCAUACGACCGCGUUCGCGUGGUGAACGCCGAUCCUUAA